AUGGUCAAGAGAACAAGUUUAAACCUAACUCUCCAAAAGAUAAUUAAUGAUUGCUAUAAAGAAGGCUGUCAUCACUUAGGGAUAAUCAGUUAUAAAAAAGCAACCUUUCAAGGAUUUUAUGAUGAAAAGUUGUUUCAAGAAAUAAUCAAUAGCAAAGAAAUCAGGAAUAAUCUCCAAAUAACUAACCAAAGUUCUUAUGAGGAUAUGGAUGAUUUUCUGGAUGCUCUACUUCACGAAACAGCUCAUGCGGUCUUUUUUAAUGUUGAUUUAGAAGAAGGUCAUUCCGAACGACAUAAGCAACUUACCCAUUAUCUAAUUACUUACUUUCAUAAAAAAAAGCCCGUUAUUUACCAUCCUGGAAAAAUACUGAAAGAAGAGUUUUUAAUUCCUGCACAACUUAGUUCAGCCCACUUAGCCCGUGAUAUUAAUGUUUCUUCCAAAGUAAUUAAGGAAGUAAUUGCCGAAGCAAGAGACCUGAAUAAAGAUAUUGCUACUCGACUUGCUUUAUAUUUCAAUACUGCCCCUACUUUCUGA